AUGUGUUACGAAGCAGUCCCCGGGUUUUUACCGGCUAAUGCCCUUCACGAGAUAUUAACUGAUAGUAAGCCUCACACCUUAUCGACAACAAUACGGGAGUAUCGGGACCUCCUGGCCGCGAUCCUCAGGCAGUGGCUUCACCUAAUACCGUAUUUAUUCGAUUAACCGCCCUGGGCUCUUAUUAAAUUUUUGGACCUUUAGUGUGGGCGUUUAUUCGAGGCUGGGCGCUUAUUAAAUUUUCACCAUUUUCAGCAAGUGAAGUAUGUUUAUUUUGCAAUAUACUAAUAACAAAAUGCGAAGAAGAAACAAAGCAAGGUUUCUGUAAAAUACUCUGAAAAAAACUCCGUCCUCGGGGAAGUCUCUUAUUAGAAUAUAUUCAUUCAAGUGGGCGUGGUAGGGGUGAGCGCUUAUUUGAGUUUGAUUAGGAGGAGGAGGGGGUGGGCGCUUAUUCGAGGCUGGGCGCUCAUUAACUUUUUCUGCCUUUAAGAUGGGCGCUUAUUCGAGGUGGGCGCUAAUUCGAGGUUGGGCGCUUGUUCGAAUAAAUACGGUAAAUUCAAACAACCCACAACAGCUACCCACACUGCAGCCUUGUUUCGUAAUUAACACCUCAAGUCCCGGAAGCACUUCACCUGACCUGCUAGCGUGCAAGACACGUACCUUCUAUCAUCACCUUCGUCAGUUGCAGAAGCCAACGAUACCUGCGAUAGGUAAGUGGGAAGAAAUACUACAACCCGAGCCCGAUUUCAAU